GGUUUGCGACAAUGAAUGCUACACACACAGAAGGAGGAGAAGAAGAAGACAGACGUAGCGGAAGAAGACGCAGGGCCGCUCCGCGCCAGUACAGUCUAUGGUCACACCAUGCUCCUCUUCUCUAGAACAGCGGCUUUCUGUCCGCACAUGUGUCACCUUGCGAACACACAGCUCAACAUGGCGACGGCGCGGACAGUGCGGACUCUCUCCAACCAGCUCAGAAGCUUGUCCCACCUGACGGGGGUCCGUCCCUUCUCUCGGCCUCCAAACAAAUGGUUUGAGAGCAGAGCCGAUGGAGAUAGGUGGAGGAAGAACAUCCAUCUGACAUCAGCCAGCCCUGUGCAGAUAAGGGAGCUGUCGGAAGCAGAGUAUGAGAAGCUGGCAGACGAGACUUUGGAUGCUCUGGCGGAAUAUUUUGAAGACCUGACAGAUGAAGCUUUCACUGGAGCCGACUACGAUGUUGUCUUCUCUAGCGGUGUGUUGACAGUGAAGGUGGGCAGGGACCACGGCACCUACGUCAUCAACAAACAGACUCCAAACAAGCAGAUCUGGCUUUCUUCGCCCACAAGUGGACCGAAGCGCUACGACUGGACAGGUAAACACUGGGUGUACACUCAUGAUGGUAUGAGCCUCCACCAUCUGCUUUCUAAAGAGUUUUCCAUCAUCUUCAAUAAAACCAUGGACCUCUCUGACCUGCCCUAUUCCUGAGUGCUAAUGUCCUGCCACUGUAACUACUGCUGGAUCCUGUAGGAGCCAAAGACACGACCCCACAGUAACUCAUCAGCCCUUAAGAGAGCCGUUGUAUAUAAAGACAAUAAUCUGUGUGUGAGCUGUUGUUACUUAUAUGUUCCCUAAUAAUGCUGUAUAACCUGUACUGUAUAGCAACGCUUACUCAUUAAAUAUUUGAAAACA